AUUUAUACUAUAAUAUAAUACUAAUUAAUACGGCCAUAUAUUGACUGCGAACGAGCAGGCAAUGUCAGUGUGCGGACAAACGAGAACAAGAGAGGUCCAAUUAUUUCAAGUGUCUCCAUUUUGAUUUUUGAGGGCGCCGACUCGUCGUUACACAGUUGGCGAAUCGAAACAACACAAUGAGGACUUUAAUCCUCUUCGCGGCCAUAGCGGCGCUGGCCUGGGCCAGACCAGAAACAUACAAGGAAACCGAAGAGUUCCAAUACUCCAGAAGCUCUUCAGAUGAAGGAAGCAAAUCCGGCUACUAUGGUGCUCAAAGAGGUAACGUGGCAGGCAACUACGAAAAAGCACACAACAUGGAUUCUCUAGCCCAGCACCAAAUGAGUGGAGCCAUAAACCAAGUUCAAGGAGAACUAGGCGAUGCUUCGAAAACUAGAGCUGGAAGCGUCUACACGGCUGCUAACACGGCAGGAGUCUAUGGAUCAGGCUAUCACGAUCGGACCAAUCUUCAAGGAAGGAACUUUGGAGAAAGCUCAUCUUCUGACAGCUCCCAUUCUUCCUUGUCGUCGGCUUAUAACCAGCACGCAAACUCUGACUGGAGAAGCCAAUCUCAGCACAGCGGAUACGGUGCAUCAAGUCAGUUAGGUCAAUCGUCACUGCAUUCUGGAAAUCUGCAUGCCGCGGAUGCCACUGGCUACGAAUCUAAUAUUGGAAGCAACAGUCGUAGCUCUGGUUAUCAUUCAGCUUCUGGGUAUCAAUCUCACUCGGGAUAUAAUUCCCAAAAUUAUGACCAAAGUCAGUUGCAGUCCGGAAGCUUACAAGCCCAUGGAAUCGGUGAUCAAACUCGUCGUUAUACCAUAGUAACACCAGUACGGAUCGUAGCAAGACCUGGAGCUCAAAUAGCGAUCCCUGUUUAUGGAGAAGCUGGUUAUGAUGCUCACAGAGCUGCCUCAUCCUUCGACCAAAGUUCUAGCAACAGGUAUACCUCGCACACUGCAGCUUCUUCAUUCGAUCAAAAUGCGAUUAAUAGCGAAGCUGAAGUUUUGGCUAACAACCAGCAGCAUAUCGGUUCCGUUCCAGCGCCUACUGGAAAGCAUUACUCUUCCUCGUACAACUACCAAAAAGCUUGGGAAAGGCAUAGUGAAACCACCGAUGCACCAGUUACAGUUGCGCCUGUAGUUAACCCAUUGUCUGUAAAUAGUGAAUUAUAUGAAGACGCUCAAGGCGCUAGUGCCAAUGUGUACAAUUCUGCCAAUAGACACAACAGCUACUCGGGAAUAUCAGGAUCAAGUCAAUCGAGCCACCAAGCACAAGCAGAUUAUAGAGCCCAGCACAAUUCCCACAGUGCUCAAUCCAACACUAACUCAAAUGCGUACACGCAAGGAGCUUACGGCAGCCACUCUGGACUCGCGCCUCUUGUAGAUGGUCAGCCUAAAAACUACCAAUCCUCUUAUUCCUAUCACAAGUCAUGGGAAAAACAGGGAGAUCCCUACGUAAUCUACCCAGGGUCAACUGGAGAAGCUUCACAAAGAAUUGUUUCCGGUACUAAAAACAGUGCUUCAUCGCAACGUUAUGGUUCCCAGCAAGAUUACACUCAUGGAAGUGCUGUAGAUUGCGAUAGUCUGUGCAGAUACCGUCGUUCUACACGCUCUGCCAAUUACUACCAUGACCUCGGACAACAGGCGCAAACAGCUUGGGAUCAAAGCGUUUCUCAACAGACUCAAGAUUUUUACCAGCAACAAAGCCAGUCUGCACACCUAGAAGACCUAGGACAACAAACACAAAAUCUCGAGGAUUUCAGUCAAAACAGCCAGUCAGCUAAACUUGAAGACCUAGGGCAACAAACACAGAACCUUGAAGAUUUCAGUCAACACAGCCAGUCAGCUAAGCUUGAAGACUUAGGGCAGCAGACACAAGAACUCAAAGAUUUCGGUCAACACAGCAAGCCAGCUAAACUUGAAGACCUAGGGCAGCAGACACAAAAACUCGAAGAUUUUGGUCAACAAACGCAACAAUCGUGGGGUAACUUUCAACAGCAGGCCCAAUCCGAGAAACUUGAAGACCUAGGGCAACAGACUCAAAACCUUGAUAACCUUAGUCAGCAAACACAACAAUCUUGGAGUAACAAUCAACAGCAGAGACAAUCUCAAAAUCUGGAAGAUUUUGGACAGCAAACACAGGGUAAGUGGCAUGAGUCAAAUCAUAAAUUUGAAAGUAAUUUAGAUGACCUUGGCCAACAGACACAACAAUCGUGGAGUAAUAUUGAACAACAAGCCAGUCGUCAAAACCUAGAUAAUUUUAACCAUCAAACACAGAGCCAUCAAUCUGAACAAUCUUUCGGAAAUUUUGAUAAUUUUGGGCAACAAACACAAGAUAAGUGGGAUAGUCUAGGUCACCAAACACAACAAGCUGAAGACUUUGGGCAACAGGCUCAUAGUAAUUGGGAUGAUUUAGAUCAAUUGGGACAACAAGUACAAACUCAAUGGCAUGACAUAAAUACAAUAAAUAAAACAAAGCACACAGACACAAACACAGAACAUCAAACUCAAAUUGGAAGUGUUAAUGAGUUAAAACCUAACAGAGAACAUGCUGGAAACACACAAAUCACCUCCCAUAAAGAACGCCCCGGUGCUAACAACCCUGCCGAUCUUGAAUUUUGGGGUCUCACCAAUAAUCAAAAGCAUGAAAACAAUCAUUACCACAAUCAACACAGUUAUAAUAAUCAUAAUUCUUAUUCAAAUUCACAGAGUCAUGGCGUUAGUUGGGGACAACAUGUCAAUAACAAUAACGCGCAAUCAUCUCACAAUAACCCCUUGCAAAGUAUAUGGGACAAACUAGACAAUAUGGAAGAGCAAUCUGAGCAUUCAUCAAAAGAAGAUCAGCAACAUACUGAGUAUCAAAAUUCACAACACUCAUAUGGACAGGAAAGUACAUAUCAACAGGGAAGCAAUUGGGAAAGUAGCAAUAGUUCACACCAUUGGAAUCAAGAACAAACACACGGUUCAGGAUACCAGCCUUCUAUUAUAUUUAAUAGUACAAUCGAUAAACCAAAGAACGACAAAUUACCUAAAGAAGUUGUACCUGAAAAACCCAAAGAUGACAAAGAUGAUGAAACACCUGAGGAACCUGAACCAGAGGAAGUUGGCCGCGGAGAUAUCGGAGCUGAAGGCACUUCGAAACCCACCCCAAAAACGGUUCAGAAUUCUCAAACGUACACAACCCACUUAAAGCCAGAAAAGAGUCCUGAAGAAAUAGAAGCAUUAAGCUUAUCUAGAGGCACUGAGAAAUAUACAACUGAAUCAGAUUCACUAAGUGUUUUAAGCAUAAGUCAACAAAAGUGGCUUGAAGAACAACGGCAAAGAGCUACACAAGAAUUACACCAGAUAAGUGGUUCAAAAUCAACAACAACAAGUACCACUACGCCACGUUCAUCAACACCCAAUCAUAGUCAUUCUGGUGGUCAGUUUUUGGGACAGCCAGAGGAAAUUGAGGAGCAUAAAAUACAACAAUCUGAAGAUAAACAUAAAGAUGAUUACAAUUUACAACAACAUCAACAACACCAGGUCCAACAGUUCCAGAAUGUAAACCAGCACAACCAAAACAGUAAUCAGCACACCCAAAACUACGACCAACAAAAUACAGAACAGCAGUUCCAAGAUUUUGGGCAACAAACCCAAGAUUUAAAUCAACAAAAUCUACAAGAGUUUACUAAUUUAAGUCAACAGAGCCAGAACUUUGACCAACAAAACACAGAAGACUUUGGACAGCAACCUCAAGAUUUAAGUCAGCAAAGUCUUCAACAGUUUCACCAUUCAAGUCAGCACACUCAAAAACAUGACCAACAAAAUACUGAACAACAAUUUGAAGACUUUGGUCAACAAACACAAGAUUUAAGCAAACAAAAUCUACAAAACUUUGUUAAUUUAGGUCAACAAAGCCAAACUUUUGACCAACAAAACACAGAAGAUUUUGGACAGCAAACUCAAGAUUUAAGUCAGCAAAAUCUUCAACAGUUUCACCAUUCAGGUCAGCACACCCAAACACGUGACCACCAAAAUACUGAACAACAAUUUGAAGACUUUGGUCAACAAACCCAAGAUUUAAGCCAACAAAAUUUACAAGACUUUGCUAAUUUAGGUCAACAAAGCCAAACCUUUGACCAACAAAACACAGACGACUUCGGACAACAAACUCAAGAUUUAGACCAACAAAAUUUACAACAGUUCUCCAAUUUUGAACAACACCGUCAAAGCUCAUAUAGUCAUGAGGCUAGGGAGUUUGCAAGUCAUUCAAACCCGCAGGUAGUUCAGGAAACGAAGAUCACUCCUGUCAGUGAGCAUGGUUCCCAAACUAAUCCUAAACAAGAAGUCGAAAUUGUAUCGCCCUCAGUGACAACAGAAAAGCCCGGAUUUUGGAAAUCAGUGGGCAACAAAUUCACCAGUGCUAAAGACUCUGUUGCUUCAUGGUUUAAAAGAAGUUGAUUUGGUAUUUACCACUAUGUAUUAAUUUAAGUGGGAGUUAAUAUUUAAAUUAAAUUAAAACUAGUCAUAAUGCUUAAAUUGCUAGAACAAUAAAUUGCUAUAAAUAAUUAA